AUGUCAAAGAGAAGAGGUAAUUCUAUGAAUGACCAUAUGGAUCUAGACUCCUUGCUGGAUAUAUCCAGACUACAUUCAAUUGAUCAACAACAACAAAAUGACCGUACAAAGCUAUCCCAACCGAUAUCCGAUGAACCGGAACAAGAACAAGAUACAAGACCACCAAAUCUAACCAUACUUCAACGAUUUAUAACAAACUGGUUAAUAAUGGAUCCAGUGUUGUUAGAGAAGUAUCAGCAUACCAAAACACCUCGAAGAAAUUAUCAAGUACAGAAGCUGGAAGAUCUUAUCUACAUUUACUUAUUUGGCGGGAGAUUUAGAACUAUCAAAGCUAAACCAAUUAGUUUACUAACUGGAUUAGUCAUAUUUGCAGGUGGUAUAUUAUUUUGGGUAUUUGAGGCGAGUUGGUUAUGGCACCAUAUCCUGCCAAGUCUUGUAAUAACAUUCACGUAUCUAUGGCUCCUAACGGCAAUGUUUUAUAUAAAGUCAUGUACAUCUGAUCCUGGUAUCGUACCCAGAAAUUUACAUUUACCAAAAACAAUUCAAGAUGGUAAAAUAAAGAAUCCGCCAGAUGAAUAUUUUAAUACCGUAUCACUUCCUUAUAAAGUAAAAGGAGAGAAAGUACAAGUUAAGUAUUGUUCCACUUGUCAUAUUUGGAGACCACCUAAAACCAGUCAUUGUGGUGUAUGUGAAGUUUGUAUCUUAAAUCACGAUCAUCAUUGUAUCUAUUUAAACAACUGUAUUGGAGAAAGGAAUUACAAAUACUUUCUUUGGUUUUUGUUGUUCUCAACAUCCUCAUGUGUUUAUAUGAUGAUCCUUACAAUGAUUCAUUUAUGUCAUUAUAGAUUGGUUGCAAAUUCCGAAAUUCAUGAUUUUGCUACUUCCGUUGUCAGAUAUCCAGCCAGCUUGUUUCUUUUCAUUUAUUCCUUCAUUGCUUGGAUAUAUCCUAUGGGAUUAUUAGGGUUUCAUACAUUUCUUACUGGGAAGAAUAUUACAACAAGAGAAUAUUUGAAUUACGUUUAUAAAAAGAACAAAAAGACAAAUCCAUUUGUGAAUGUGUUCACUAGCCAUUCAAUAUUGAAGAAUUUAUAUAUAAAUUGGUUGGGGAAAUCAAGUGGAGUAGCUCUUGUAAGACCAAGAGAUAAGUAUACACCUGGUGAUAUUAGGUUUGAAGCAAUUGCUCCAUUGGAUAUUUAUCUGCUGGAAAUAUCACUUGAAGAUUUAUAG